AUGACUUAUGGCUACCCUUAUGAUGACUCAACUAAAUCCUCAGCGUUGUUCCUAUUCCUCCAGAAACAACGCAUGAAGACGAAUCUCUUCUGUCACUUCUAUGAUGUCAAUUUCCCCUUUUCUUGCACCCCUUCUCUUCUGCGUUCCUGCACUCUGAGGGGCUUGGAAACUCGCUCAGACAAGCUAUUGUCUGAUAACUCCUGUAUUUCUCUGGGCUGUGACCUCCCCCCUGUACUUUCCUCUGUUCUUCCCAUAACAAUCCUCCCUUCAUCCCCUGGGCAGCCAUUCAAGUCUGGCAGCUGCUGUUGCUCGCUUGUUGGCUCCAGCCUGACAAAUACCGAUAACUGAACAAACUUUGUUGCAUUACAUUCUGGAUUAAAUUAUCUUUCCAUUGAUAAAUAAUUUCACAAUAUUAUUAAUAAUACCUUUAUUGUCAUUGUACAACCUGUGUACAAUGAAAUUCAACGAGCCUACCUCCCAAAGAAGUGGUGUUAUGAGCCAUCAAACCUGUGAAAUACACUUUCCCCCAUAAGGCUUCUACAAUUUUACCACUACUGUAUAUCAAGCAAAGCAACAUUCAACAACCAUUACAAUCUAAUAAUAAAUACAUUGGUUAAUGACAGACAACAAAGGCAAUGAACACACACCCAACUCCCUUCAGUUCUCCUUCAUUUGUUCCUGAGGCUCAAAUCUCUUUUUGCCUCCAUUGCAGAUUGUAAUGAAUUGCAGAUCAAGAACAAGCCUGAACAUGACAAAAUCCUCAGAGAGGAGAAGCCACGUAAGAAUUUGGAGAGUGGAGAGAGCUGCAGUCAGAGCUCCCAUUCCACUUCCCAAAAAAGAAAUCUCAUUGGAAAGAAACCCUAUCAGUGCAUGGAAUGUGGAAAGAGAGUCAGUAGCAGCUCCGAUCUCACUAAACAUCAAAGAAUUCAUACAGGGGAGAAACCCUAUCAGUGUUUUGAAUGUGGAAAGACCUUCAGUCGGAACGGCUCUCUCACUUCCCAUCGAAGAAUUCAUACAGGAGAGAAACCCUAUCAGUGCGUGGAAUGUGGAAAGAGCUUCAGUCACAGCUCUGCUGUCACUAAGCAUCAGAGAAUUCAUAAAGGGGAGAAACCAUAUCAGUGCUUGGAAUGUGGAAAGAGCUUCAGUUACAGCCAAAGUCUGACUUCCCAUCAAAAAAUUCAUACAGGGGAGAAACCCUAUGAGUGCAUAGAAUGUGGAAAGACCUUCAGUCGGAACGACUAUCUCACUUCCCAUCAAAGAAUUCAUACAGGGGAGAAACCCUAUCAGUGCAUGGAAUGUGGAAAGAGCUUCAGGGAGAGCUCCAAACUCACUUCCCAUCAAAGAAUUCAUACAGGCGAGAAACCAUAUCAGUGUUUUGAAUGUGGAAAGAGCUUCAGUCAGAGCGCCCAUCUCACUUCCCAUCAAAGAAUGCUGUCACUAAGCAUCAGAGAAUUCAUAAAGGGGAAAAACCCUAUCAGUGCUUUGAAUGUGGAAAGAGCUUCAGUCAGAGUAAUGAUCUUACUUCCCAUCAAAGAAUUCAUACAGGGGAGAAACCCUAUCAGUGUGCGGAAUGUGGAAAGAGCUUCACUCACAGCCACUAUCUUACUUCCCAUCAGAGAAUUCAUACAGGGGAGAAACCCUAUCAGUGCAUUGAAUGUGGAAAGAGCUUUAGUCGGAGCUACUCUCUCACUUGUCAUCAAAGAGUUCAUAUUGGGGAGACAUCCUGCAUUAUAUAGCUUUAGGAGACAAGGAAAUCUGCACUUUUUAAACCAGGCCUUUGGCUGA